CUCCCGCUGGAGUCAGUCGGAGCUUCACACUCGGUCCCGAGAUGACGGCGAGCAAGCGGGUGGCGAAGGAGCUGGAGGGCCUUCAGAAGGAGCUCCCCAGGUACCUGCGGAACCUGUUCAGCGAUGAUGCCAACGUGCUGGUGUGGCACGCUCUCCUCCUGCCUGAGAAACCUCCCUACAACCUCAAGGCCUUCAACCUGCGCAUCAGCUUCCCUGAGGAGUAUCCAUUCAAGCCUCCGACAGUGACAUUCACAACCAGGAUCUACCACCCCAAUGUGGACAGCAACGGGCGGGUGUGCCUGCCCAUCAUCAGCAAGGAGAACUGGAAGCCUUUCACCAAGACCUGCCAAGGUGGGCCUGGGCCCUGCCUAGAGGGAGGGACCUGGACUGGAUGGGGGAGGGGGUCAUGGGACCGAUUUUCAGUUGGAGAAGCCCAGAAUAAAGGAGAUAAAAAUUGUGAGUCUCAGCUGAGCCUGUCGUCAGAUAGAAGGGAUGCGUCCUGA